CUUGCAACCUCUGUUGUUCUGGCAUCUGCCUUUUUGCUGCAAGAUGUAUCUGGUCGUGUCAUUGACAUUGAAGAACGUGCCACCGCUACUCCUGUCAAGAACACCGGCAAGCGUGGUCUGUCCUUCAACAAUCCCGCUUACACCAUGCCAUUCUCGCUGUCUGGUCAAAACUCCCAAGUCUCUUGGGCCUACAAUUGGUACCAGACAUCUGGCAGCGGCUUCAACCCUGCGCUCGACUAUGUUCCCAUGCUUUGGAGCAAUGCAUCCGACCUUACUGGACAAUGGGCUAGCAAUGCACAGGCUGCCAUCGAUGCUGGCAGUAAAUAUCUCCUCGGCUUCAACGAGCCCGAUCUCUGUCUUUCUGGUGCUGGAUCCUCUUGUAUCGAAAUGCCGUCGGCUGUAAAGGCCUGGAAGCAGUAUAUGGAGCCUUUUGCAGGUAAAGCUCUUCUCGGUUCGCCAGCCGUAACCAAUGGCGGCUCGCCUCUGGGACUCACCUGGCUCCAAAACUUCAUGGGCAACUGCACCGGCUGCCACAUUGACUUCAUCAAUAUCCACUGGUACUCGAACAAGUGGGCCGGAGCCAAUUACUUCAAGCAGCAGGUUCAAGCUGCUUAUGCCAUGUCCGGUGGCCGUCCCGUCUGGAUCACCGAGUUUGGCCUUGACAACAGCACGCCCUACACAGCCGCCGAACUCCAGUCUUUCCUUGAGGAAGUGAUGGAGUGGAUGGAUGAGCAAGAUUACGUGCACCGCUACGCCUACUUUAUGGAUACCACUGGCGCGCUUAUGAACUCGAGCGGUGAGUUCUGCAUCUUCUUCUGCCUCUGCCUCCUCUGCGACAGCUGUGCUGUCUGUUUCUUCAACUGCAUCGACGGCUGUGCCGUCUGCGGUUUUUCCUCGUCUGGAUCUGCGAUUUCUGCGACGACAUCGACUUACACAUCUUCUCCAAGGACUACGAGUGCGUCGACUAGUUCAUUGACGAGCAGCAGCAGCAAAAUUUCUGCCGUGUCGUCAACACUGAGUUCCUCCUCUUCCACCAAACCUGUCCCCGUGGCGACUCAGACAGCCUCUGAAGCAGCUGGCAUCACAAUCCUCAGCGCGUACUUUGCGGACAAAGACGUAACUACCGCUGCCACUGCUGCGUUUGUCCAAGACGGUAACUUGGUGAUCAAUACCUACACCUUGACCUCUGCACUUUCGCUGCAGCAAGAUCCUUGGUGGGGAGUC